AUGUCGCGUGGACCAGAGCAACUUCCUUUGUCUCUGCUGAAGACUGCCCAGAACCAUCCAAUGUUGGUGGAGCUGAAGAAUGGCGAGACAUACAACGGCCACCUGGUUAGCUGUGACAACUGGAUGAACAUAAACUUGAGAGAAGUCAUUUGCACAUCCCGGGAUGGUGACAAGUUCUGGCGGAUGCCAGAGUGCUACAUCCGAGGAAGCACCAUCAAGUAUCUGCGUAUCCCGGACGAAAUCAUAGACAUGGUGAAGGAGGAGGUGGUGUCGAAGGGUCGUGGAAGGGGAGCCCAACAGAAUAAACAGCAGGGCAAAGGAAGAGGAGGAGCAGGCAGAGGUGUGUUUGGCGGUCGAGGUAGAGGAAUGAGCGGUCCCGGCCGAGGUCAGCAGCAGACAGAUAAGAAACCUGGCAAACCACAGGGGAUGAAGAACCAGCACUGA